UAUUUUAGCAGCAAUCAGCUGGUUUUGGCAGACGACACUAUCUAUAAUCCGUUGAAAAUUCGCAAAGAGGGCGUCAAGUAAAGAAUUGUAUAUUUAUGUUUUUGCGAUGCAAUUGAGCAUUUUUAAAUUUAUUGCAUACAUUUAAUAGAUCGUCUUUUUGUGAGCAAUGUUGACUACUUUAGCAAACAUUAAGCACAUCCUACAAAAGGAACUUUUCAAUAAUAGCGGAGAACGGGUGUUGUCUGUCGUGACUGUGACCAAGACUUUCAAAAAGAAAAGGGCUUGUUAUUUAUGCAUCGUUACAACGCCACCACCCGUGCCGGUGGUUACGGUAUGUCUAGUAAAACAAUCGGAACAACGAGAGGGCGAUUAUAAAAAGAAACGUACUUGGCAACUGGAAGAAAUAAAGUGGGUUGACGGGCGGAACGAGCAGUUUGAGACGCAUGAAUUUGAUAUACAAGUAGAAAAAACUUAUAAAUGGUACGCCUUAAAUUUACACGAACGACAAAACUUUCUGGCGGUUUUGUACAAACAAAUACAUAAAUAUGUACGGGGCCAACAAGGCGAAUUUCGAAACAUUCCUAAUGCUUGGCUCAAUGAUAAAUCUCCAGAAAAGCUCGCUGCCGGGCGAAGUGCCGAGCAAAAGAAUAUUCAAGACACAGAAGAUGAGGAAGAAGCACAAGAAUUUACCGCACUUACAGAUAAAGAAGCCACGGAAUUGGGAAAAUUGUUUUCUGAGUGCGACUUUGCCGUGAAGGAUGCAGAGCAACUUAUUGAAAAGUUGUCCAAAGAACUCCACGAUUUAGAUGGUGCCAACAUCCAAAGUGUAUUAGCAUCAGAAAAACAAGUCAUGACGUUGAUGGAACACAUUGAUAAGGCAAUCUCAGAGGCAGAUAGCUUUGAAAGACGACUAGAUUCAUAUGAGGAAAUUUUGGGGCAUGUAAAAGAGACUAUGGAGAAGAUCGGUGGUAAAAACGCAAUGAUAGAAAUUGCUAACAACAAUAACAUAAAAUUGAUGAAAGAACUGAAUAAAGUUAUUUCUCAGCUCGAUUUGCCUCAAGUACACCAGCAAGCGUUAGAUGAACCGGAUUUGAAGACAGUUUCCGGAAGAAAAGCUGCGAUUGCUGCCGCACAAAGCUUACAGCAAGCGAUGAAUAGCGACAUAGAUUCCACUCUGCUUCGCCUGGAGGCUGUACAAGAUCAACGAAAACGUUUUGAAAAAUGGAAAGCAAAAUUCUCGGGCAUUUUAAGCCGCUUUAUGAAUAAUUUAUUCAUACACCUGGGAAAUGAGAUGGGUGACAAUAUGACAAUGAGUACAGAACUUGUGUUACCGAAUCACUUAGCAGUACAUCGCGAGCUAACUCCUUACACAGAGCUUAUGCAUUGGACAAAGGCAAUGGAUCGAAAGACGUACGAUGGUCUAACGCGUGUUUAUACGACGUCUCUUAGCAAGAUAUACGAGCGUGAUAUCAGGAAUUUUUUUACUUUGGCUAAACUGCAAAUAUCAGAAAAGUUGCGAACAUCAGGUGAAGAUUUGGACACAUCAACUUCUUCGAAAAAAUCCGCUGUGUCAGCUGCGCCGUAUGGCACCUUAGGUGUCAACCGGGAUCAAUGGGGACCUGGAGUGGAGAAUGUAGAUCGGGAACGCUUCGAUUCAGUACUGGAAAAAGUACUGGCAGAACUGGAGCCAGUUGCGCUGCAGGAGCAAAUGUUUUGUAUAAAUUUUUUCCAAAUGGAUGUUAUUAGUCCAACGUCGAAGAAUACUCAAACAACUUUGGAUGUAUUAGAAAAAAGUACUGAUUCUGCAAGUAUUUUAGCUUCACCUACAUCGGCAAGUGGAGGCGGCGAUGCUAAUGGCUUCCCACAAAAGAAAAUUGAUCGUCAAAUAAAUGAAGAGGUUCGUAAACUGAUGAUUGCCUUAUUCGGUUGUUUAGAGCCCGAGCUGGUUAGCUUCAUACAAAGCUUCGAACGUAUUGAUAGUUUCUAUUCCCUUUACGUGCUCGUCCGCCUAACGCAACAUGUUAUGUCGGCGCAAGAUACACAUUCCUUCCUCAGUAUGACCUUCGCUUCAGCUCUGGUUCAAGUGAAAAGAAAUUUCGAUCGUUUUAUGCAGCAGCAGUUAUUGUCAAUCAAAGAAGCAAAAGUGCCUAAACGUUCUAAGUGCGGCAUUCUGCCUUAUGUAGAAAAUUUCGAGUAUUUCGCUCAAACUUCCGAGGGUAUAUUUCGCAAGUCAGAUCGUCGUACUGAUAUGGAAAAGUGGUAUUUGCAACUGGUGAAUGCAAUAUUUGAGAGCAUUAGUGUUCAUGCACAGGAGCACCCAAAAACACCGUCACAAGUAGUACGCAUGGAAAACUAUCACCACAUGUAUUCGUUGCUGGCACAGUUAAAGGUACCCGGCCUGGAUGCUUUGAAAAAGGAAGCCAAAAUGCGAUAUAAUGAUGCUCUGAAAUUAUAUGUCAUACAAUAUUUCGGACGUCCACUGGAAAAGUUGAAUCUCUUUUUCGAAGGUGUGCAGCAAAAAGUGGCACAAGGUGUCAAAGAAACAGAAAUCAGUUAUCAAAUGGCUUUUUCAAAACAGGAAUUGCGUAAAGUUAUCAGUCAAUAUCCAGCGCGUGAGGUCAAAAAGGGGCUAGAAAAUCUAUACAAAAAAGUCGAAAAGCAUCUUUGCGAAGAAGAAAAUCUACUGCAGGUUGUUUGGCAUGCGAUGCAAGAAGAAUUCAUUGCGCAGUACAAUUUUUUGGAGGAGCGUAUACAGAAAUGUUAUGCAGGUGCUAUGAUUACUUUAGAAUUCAAUAUGCAGGAUAUAUUAAAUUUCUUCUCAGACAUAGCACGUUCGCAUUGAAUUUCUUUUAACAAUUAGUUUUGUUGGAAAAAAUUCGAUACAAAAUAUUUUUAUGAGUAUUGUGUAUUAUUGUUACGAAUGUUAUGCUUAACUAUGCUUUUCAAUAAUGGUAUAAAGACAUUAACGAAAAUUUAUUAAUUUUAAGUGCAAUGGAGCAUGUAAUGAAUGAU